CGUGUGAAUGAAAUGAGUCACUUCUCUUGCUAUUUAAAAUUCAAAUGUUCUCAUCGUUCAUCAUUCCUCCUGCGUCAUUCAGUCAGUCAGUCAUUUGAAAUUGUCAAGAGUAGAAGUGUCGCUAUUUAAUAAAAAAAACAUUAUCGUUUUAAUUAAUUACUAUAUGAAAAACAUUUUUACACAUAUAUACCUUAAGAAAAAUAUUCAUUACUCUGCAUUAAAUCAAUUAUAAAAAGAAAUGAGUGAUAAUAAAAAUGACAAAAAGGAAAUACGCGUAUGGUGUGAUGGGUGUUAUGACAUGGUCCAUUUUGGUCAUGCUAAUUCUCUUAGACAAGCCAAAGCAUUGGGCGAUGUGCUGAUUGUAGGUGUACACACUGAUGAAGAAAUUUCGAAGCACAAGGGCCCCCCAGUAUUUACUCAAGAAGAGCGUUAUAAGAUGGUCCGUGCUAUAAAAUGGGUUGAUCAGGUUGUAGAAGGAGCACCUUAUGUCACAACCUUGGAAACCUUAGAUAAAUAUCAGUGUGAUUUUUGUGUGCAUGGAGAUGACAUAACAGUAACUGCAGAUGGAAUAGACACAUAUCAUUUAGUAAAAGAAGCUGGUAGAUACAGGGAAGUUCAGAGAACAGCCGGUGUUUCUACAACAGAUUUGGUUGGAAGAAUGCUCCUUCUCACAAGGGAACAUUUCAAACCAGCAAUGGCUCACCUUGCUUCCUUGAGAGGUGACAAAGAAUAUACAGUAGCGCUGGACCACUCCUCAAAUCUUGGCACCGACUCAACCGCCAGGUCUCCUUAUACUGGCUGUUCACAGUUCUUGCCAACAACCCAGAAGAUUAUACAAUUCAGUAGCGGUCUUUCUCCCAAGCCCACAGACAAGGUGGUGUAUGUUGCGGGUGCAUUUGAUCUCUUCCACGUCGGCCAUCUUGAUUUCCUGGAAGCCGCGAACGCACAAGGAGAUUUCCUUAUUGUAGGUCUGCACACAGACCUCGAAGUCAACCGCUACAAGGGAUCCAACUACCCUAUCAUGAAUUUACAUGAACGUGUUCUGUCUGUGCUUGCUUGUAAGUACGUCCAUGAAGUAGUGAUCGGAGCGCCAUACAGUGUGACCGCUGAACUGAUGGAUCAUUUCAAGGUGCAAGUGGUCUGCCAUGGACUGACACCGAUAGCCCCCGACGCCGACGGCUCGGACCCCUAUACGGUUCCGAAACAACGAGGUUGUUUUAAGACGUUAAGUUCUGGCAACUCUAUGACGACCGAGGACAUCGUUCAAAGAAUAAUACGCCACCGGCUCGAAUUCGAAGUCCGAAACACGCGCAAGGAGCAGAAAGAAUUGUCGCUUAUGAAAUCCUUACAGAAAAAUCAUAUAAAACAAAAUGGCGAUUGCCAUGUUAAAAAUGAUUCUAGUUAAUUAGAAAACAACUUAAUGUCGACAAAUUUCGUUACAUUCACCUUAAUAUUCAAUCAAUUCGUAUUACUGGUAUAGUGAAAUGUUAAAUAAUUAAUAUGUGACUAGAUAAUUAUGCAUAUAAUGUUUAUAAAUUUCCUCGUUUACCCGCCUAUAAGUAUAUUUACAAGUUAGUUGCCUAUACAUUGUCAAAUGUACACAAAAUAUGUUUUUAUUUUAUUUACUUUUGUAGUAUGUGCCGUUUAGUCUUUAUAAUAUUAUAUGUGUAUAAUAUGAUAAUUUGCUAAUAAAAAAAUAAUUUUUUCUAGUGAAUCGUUAGGUUCGUUUGUAAAACGAGUUUGGUACACUUUUUUUUUAUAUAUGGUUGCUGAUGCUUGUUAAAUUUGCAAAUAGAUGCCAGUGUUAGAUUAUAGUUUUAUGUAUUAGAGAUGUAGAAAUAUCACUGUAGUUGAAAUUUAUAAUUUUAAUCUCUUAUCAAAAUAUUUACUUCCAAAAUGUUUACUUAUUAAAACUUGUUAUAUUGUA